AUGUCCAAAGCACUAGUCAGACCAAAGCUGAACCUUUACUCAACAUACCAAUAUUGGUAUUCAAAAAAGGUGUUGAGUAUAACGAAUCUGCCAUGGUUUUAUGUACAAGGAUCCUCAAGCAAAAUCUUGAAAAUCAACUUUUAUUCAUGCACUAUUGCUGUGCUGCACACAUUUCAAGCCUUGCUUGCACAACAAGGUUUUGAAAUUAUAGAUGUGCAAGUUGAUUUAAUAAGAAAUCUGAUGUCUAAAAUUAAAGGCUCAGUAAAUUUAUGUGAUUCAAUAAGAGGACUUUGUAAUGUUGAGAGAGUUGAUCACCUGAAACCGGAAAUUGAUAUAAAAACCAGGCGGGACAUCACAUUCUGUAUGGAGACGACAUUACGUACGUUGGGAACUGAAGAAGCAUCCAUUCAAAAUCUUUUACCUGAUAUAAAUGGUGUAAAACAAUUAAGAAAAUUAGAAAAUUGA